AUGAUGGACAUCUCCAUUCCAACCAAUCAGAAGGGGAGCGGGGCGGCCCUUCAUCAACUCUUUAAAAGCCAGACCCAGCGUCUGCUCUGACACUUCAAUCCUGAUAUUUCAGGCUGUAAUCGCACUGCUGAAGGAGAAUGGCUCGGACCAAGCAAACAGCGCGUAAAUCGACCGGUGGCAAAGCUCCCCGCAAACAACUGGCGACCAAAGCGGCGCGCAAGAGCGCUCCGGCAACAGGCGGAGUGAAGAAGCCCCAUCGCUACCGGCCCGGCACCGUGGCUCUGAGGGAGAUCCGGCGCUACCAGAAAUCCACCGAGUUGCUCAUCCGCAAACUGCCCUUCCAGCGCCUGGUGCGCGAAAUCGCUCAGGACUUCAAAACCGAUCUGCGCUUCCAGAGCUCGGCCGUCAUGGCCCUGCAGGAGGCCAGCGAAGCUUACCUGGUGGGGCUCUUUGAGGACACCAACCUGUGCGCCAUCCACGCCAAGCGAGUCACCAUCAUGCCCAAAGACAUCCAGCUGGCCCGGCGUAUCCGCGGCGAGCGCGCCUAAACCCGACCUCGGCACCAAGCACAACAAAAGGCUCUUUUCAGAGCCACUAAUCCGGCAGAGAAAAGGGCUGUCAAUUCCUGUUCACUACCCUUUUGUUAAUCACGCCAUUCCCUUCUGUCCUUUCCCUGUGGGAGUUUUGUUCAAUAAGACAUUACAGCUUCUCACAAAUCCCAGUUGGUUAUUGUGGGCAAGUUUCCAGCUAUUUGCGGUUGUUACUGUUUUGGAGAUGUCCUUUAAUAAAUGCAGUUCUUAGUGACCAGUCCCAUUUCUGGUCGAGUCCAUGAUAUGUUCAGGGGAAUACCAACAGUCUGCAGAUGCUGGAAUUCCAAUUUUUUUCCACCUUGCAAGUUCGCAGUUUGAUAAGAGCGACAAGUUCAUAACCUUUAUACACAGGCCGUCCCCGACCGCUCGAUAACCAGAAACAUUCGAACUUGUGAAUUAUAUAACGAUCGGGCUGUUUACUGUAAAAUAAAUCUUGAUCGAAGUAAUGAGUAAAUGUGUACUUUUGCAGACUACAGAUCAAGAAAUAAUUUUCGGCGGCAUUUUAACAUUUUCCGGCCAUCCGGGGACCUGACAGUUCCUUUCGGCGCUUUUUUUUCCUGCUCUCUGUUCAUUGGUGAUUAAGGCAGCUCUCUGUCUUACUGCGCUCGUCAGAACUGAAUGGGAAUUUCAUCUCCGGACCCUUCAUGUAACACCGGUAUAUUCCUGAUCCGAUACCGUCCAAUCUAUGUUCGGAGCGGUUUCAAUCCAGUGGUAUAAUCGUCAAUAAUUACCCAAAAACCUAAUCCACCCGUUUAUUUGAACUUUAAUCGCGCAAUAAAGAGUUAACAUUUCAAAGA